UCAGACCCUUGAUUUCAGGACUAUUUCUCAAUCAUGUUCUUCAGCUUUCUCAAGUCAAGUCCUGAGCUGUUGCUAUCAUACUUUAUAUUCUUUUAUUUCCGUAUACUUGAGCUGUUUUGCUUAUCAAUUACUACUAUCAUACUUGAUACUCUUCGAACAUAUCCCACUUCUCAGUCUAAGGUUUCUUCACAUUCAUGGUUAUGGAUCCUAGGUUCAACAGGUUGCUCGACUCCUCUGCGACCGAAUUCCAGUUGGAAAAUGAGAUCAUUCUUUCUACCUUAAAAGAAUCACAGGACAUUCCAGGCAACCAUAAGGAUGCCACUUCAAUGACACCUGCUCCUACUUUGGACUCCCGAAAUGAUCACGACUCUGGUCCCACAAUCGAGUACAUUAGCCAGGUGCUACUCGAUGAUAGUAACAUUGAUGAGAAUAAUAAUCCCUGCUUGAUUUAUGACCCUAAUUCCCUCAGAGCUGUCGAAUUCCAGUUGGAAAAUGAGAUCAUUCUUUCUACAUUAAAAGAAUCACAAGACAUUCCAGACAGCCAUAAGGAUGCCACUUCUAUGACACAUGCUCCUACUUUGGACUCCCAAAAUGAUCAUGACUCUGGUCUCGCACUCAAGUACAUUAGCCAGAUGCUAAUGGAUGAUAGUAACAUUGAUGAGAAUAAUUACCCCUGCUUGUUUUAUGACCCUAAUUCCCUCAGAGCUGUUGAGAAUGUCUUUUAUGAUGCCCUUCAUCAAAACCCUUCAGUGCCUUAUCAAGUACCUCUUUUUGUUAACAAUAAAUCUGGGAGCCUGGACAGCACAUUUGGGUGCUCCGGUGAUUAUAGUACCGGACUAUUUAGUUCUUCAUAUCGCUUGAAUAGUAUAGUGAAUACCAAAAUGGACACUUCUGAAACUGUUAUGUUGGGUCCAAAUGUGUUUAAUGAUACUGAGUCAAUCUUGCAAUUCAGGAGAGGUGUAGAGGAAGCAAGUGGAUAUUUUCCUUCCGGAAAUCAGUUGCUUUUCAAUAUAGAGAAGGGGCAUUCAUCUGAUUCCUCUAGAGGAAAGAAGCACCAACACCGAGGUGAUGUCGGGUUAGAGGAAGAAAGAAGCAGUAAGCAAUCUGCAGUUUAUGGGGAGGAUGAGGUGCUUGAGUUAGUAGAGUUGUUUGAUAAGAUUUUUCUGUUCUCCAAUAAUAUGGAUCCUCCAUCUGUAGUUGAAAAGAGCACCCAACAGAAAGGGCGAGGUCGUGGGAAGGGAUAUUCAAAGAAACAAGGAGGGGCUUGUGAAAAUGUGGAUAUAGAGUCUCUUUUAACCAGCUGUGCACAGUCUAUUGCUGAAGCUGAUCAUAGGAUUGCAGAAGAAAAGUUAAAGAAGAUUAGGCAGUACUCUUCGCCAACCGGUGAUGCAAAUCAAAGGCUGAGUCAUGCUUUUGCAAAUGCUCUUCAGGCACGGAUGGAUGGAACUGGCGCACAACAAUAUGCGGCGCUAGCUUCAAAUAAGAUCACAGCUUCUGGAAUGAUAAAAACUGGCCCCUUCUUAUCAAAAAUCUCUCACAAAGACCUGGAGGACCUCCUAAACUUCGAAUAACUGGAAUUGAGCUUCCCCAACCUGGUUUUCGUCCAGAAGAAAUGGUACAAGAGACUGGUUGUUUUUUGACAAAAUAUUGUGCACGAUUUGGAGUACCAUUUAAGUACAAUGCCAUAACAACUCAAAGUUGGGAGACGGUUAAACUUGAGGAUUUAAAGCUUGUGACUGGUGAGAUUGUUGCUAUUAACUGUUUGUAUCGAUUCGAAAACCUACAUGAUGAAACAGUGGUUGAUUUUGAUUCUCCGGAUUUCCCCAAGGGUGCAGUUCUAAACUUAAUCCGUGAAAUAAAUCCAAAAAUUUAUGUGCAAUCAGUUCUAAGCGCAGCCCACAGCUCUCCUUUCUUUUUUACUCGGUUCCGAGAAGCUCUCUUUUUCUACGCUGCAAACUUUGAUAUGUAUGAUGCUACUUUACCCGGUGAUGAUCCUCAGAGGUUGAGUAUUGAAGAAUCCAGGGCAUGUGAAAUAAUGAGUAUCGUAGCUUGCGAGGGCAUGGAAAGAUUAUAUAGGCCUGAAACAUACAAGCAGUGGCAUUUGCGAAAUAUGAGAGCUGGGUUAAAGCCUAUGCCCGUUAGCCCGGAGCUUGUGAAGGAUUUAAGAGACAAGGCGGAGGCAAGGUAUCGCAAAGAGUUUCUGUUUUCAGAAGAUGGUCAUUGGAUAUUGCAGGGAUGGAAAGGUAGAACUUUUUGUGCUAGCUCUUGCUGGGAAUCUGCAGAAUGAGAAACUAAGAAACUAUGAUAGCAUGGUAGCAUGUUUACAUUAUUUACUGGUGCCAACAUGCCAAGGCCCUAACUUUUACUUAGAUGUUCUGAGGAAGUGCUGUUUGGAAACAUCAAUUAUGGUUGUGGUCUAGUUUCGGAUGCAUUCUCUUUGAAAGUAGUUCCAGGUGAUCAUUUGAUCGUGUGAAAGUACAUGCUCUCCAUGGUAGGUCAUGGCAUUCUCUAACAUGAAACCUUGUCUUACUCUCUUUAACCUGUUGAUGCUAAUGGCUUUUGUUCGUUUAUGAUUAAAUGCUUUCCUUUUUAUCCAAGUUAAAUGUUCAUCUCACUUUUGUCUAUAUCUCUAGUAUAAUUUGUGUCAUUAUUCCUUGAUGGUACAGUUUCCUCCUCUAAUAAAAUUUUAUUAUUUCUAAACAA